CGAAGUUUAUCGGCUGACACUACAUAAUCCUUUACAUACUUUAACAUCAUUCCAGUCGAAGUUCGGUGAUAGUUCCGAUACUUACAGCGCGUGAGAUAUGAAGCUUGACGAUUUGAGAGUUUAAGGAAAAGAUUAUUUCAUGGAUUCGAUACUUUCGAUAGACACCUACAACAACUUCUCAAUUUCUGUAAUCGUGCGUACAAAUCUUUUUUGCAAUCGUGACAUACCAUCUUGCUUCGUUGACUGUUACCAUACCGAAAGUCCCUGGUAUUUUUGAUGGCCGCUGAUUUUAUUGCUGGAUGUAUCGGUGGAUGUGCUGGUAUAGUCGUCGGACAUCCACUGGACACCGUUAAAGUUCACUUACAAACGCAGGAUGCACUCAAUCCGCAAUACAGGGGAACGUGGAAUUGCUUUCGAAGUUUACUAGUUAAAGAAGGAAUCCGAGGACUAUAUAAGGGAAUGGCGAGUCCCUUACUGGGCGUCGCUGGUAUUAACGCGAUCGUUUUCGGUGUCUAUGGAAAUACUCAGCGUUAUAGCAGUGAUCCGAAUUCCUUAGUUUCACAUUGCAUGGCCGGCGUCUUGGCAGGCUUAGUGCAAACUAGUAUAUGUAGUCCGAUGGAGUUGGUUAAAACGAGAGUACAGAUAGCAGGUGACAAUUUGAAACCGCUUGAAUGCUUAAAAAGCAUUUAUAAGACUGAGGGCGUUAGAGGAGUGUUUAGAGGGUUGGGUAUAACGGCUGUAAGGGAAGCACCAGCCUUUGCCACCUAUUUUGUCACAUACGAGUAUUUAACACGAAGUGAAGACAACACCAGAACUUCCACGGCCACAAUGUUGAUGGCUGGAGGUCUCGCAGGGUGCGCUUCCUGGGCCAUUGUGUAUCCAGUUGAUGUGGUAAAGUCCCGACUUCAAAUCGACGGUAUGAACGGUGCGCCGAAAUACAAAAGCGCUUGGGAUUGUUGCCGGAAAAGUAUCGCGAGUGAAGGAUACGCCUUCUUGACGCGGGGGUUAACCCCAACGUUGAUUAGAGCAUUUCCUACGAACGCGGCAUGCUUUACUGCAGUCACGUGGAGCAUGAGACUAUUCAAUGGCGAAAUUAGUUUCGGUAUUGGUGAAAACACAGCAGCUGUUGCUUAAAUUCUUCCAGUGAUCAGAACGUUUUUUUUUUGUAGUGUGAGAUAGUACGUAAAUAAAUUAUAUUGCUAGCGCGAG